AACGCUUUGUUCACAAUUUGAAAGCAAUCUUGUCAAGAGCUAUCAACUCCUUUUAUCUUCAUGUUUUAUGAAUCGCAGCACAUCACCCGUUUCACAGCAACUAUCAUCAAAUGCUCAUCAGCAAUCUAAUCAAAUUAGCAAUAUCAAUACUAACACUAGUGUGACCAGGCGACGGCGACCGUCAGCUGUCCCAUCGAUGCGUACAGCACGAUCAGCGGAGCCUCCUUUAAAAUUUUAUGACAGCCCCAUCCAAGCAGAACAACAACACUAUCAGUAUCAACAACGAUUAACAUUUUUUCAACCGUUGACAACAGAUACAUUAGCAAAAAAAGAUGCCAUAGACUUUUUACUUAAUAACAACCCGUUCUCAACAGUGGAAAGAAGAGUAAAAAGGCGGCGCAGUAUAUGUAACGGCUAUAUUGGUCGCAAACUAUAUAACGAAGAUAACACUCCAAUUCUUUUCGCAGAGCCCUCCAAGGAAAGGAAGAGGUACAAUAACUCACAUGCUUCCAUUAACUCAACUAUAACAGAAGCAUCAACCAACAACGUGCUAUAUUCAUGUCAGCACCAUGAUAGUUUAAGCCGACGGCGGCAUUCAUCUUAUGCCAUCUUGCCGGGAAUGGAAAAUAAAGAAACGACAUCAUCGAUCAACGGCUUACCGCGUGAAGAAAGACAUCACCAUUAAGUUGGCAACUGUCCUGUCUGCAAUCCACAGGAAGCCAAUCAGUAAAUGCAAGUUACGCUUCUAGUCACAACCUUUUUCUGAAUGAUAAUGAUCAGUAUCCAGAGAUUGCAUAUCCUACCCG